AUGUCCAUGUACUUUGUGGAUGAGCCGAUGUUUGAGGACGAUGUCUUCCGUCAGAGAUAUCGUAUGUCGAGGAGGUUAUUUUUGAAAAUCGUUGAAGAUAUCACUGCAUCAUUUCCAUGGUUUCGGUUUUCAGCGAAUGCGGCGGGUAUUAGAGGGUUCUUGGCAAUUCAAAAGUGCACGUGCGCACUACGGAAACUAGCGUACGGCAACCUGGCCGGCAACUAUGAUGAAGGGUUGUCGUUCUCUACUAGAACGACACGUGAGUUUCUAGACAACUUUUACAUCGCCAUAAAGCAUCUUUAUGGUGAAGAGUAUUUGCGUUCUCCGACUAGCCACGAUGUUGCGCGUUUAUAUGAGGAGCAUGAAGCUAGACAUCAUUUUCCUGGCAUGAUCGGUAGCAUUGACUGGUCAAACAAUGACAUCAAUGUUUUGAAGCAAUCGCCAUUAUUUAUUCCCCAAGUGAAUGGGAAGUCUCCUAAGUAUGAGUUUAACGUAAACGGGUAUCGUUACAAUAGAGUAUACUAUCUAGGGGAUGGUAGUUACCCACCUUGGUCUUGUUUUGUGAAGGCGUAUGCUUAA